AUGGCCACGGCCAUGUCAGAAAAAUCGUCCUUUAGGGUGAUCAUUGUCGGCGGCAGUAUUGCCGGCCUUUCACUAGCUAACAUGCUUGAAAAAGCCGGAAUCAACUUUAUGGUCCUCGAAAAACAUGAGAACAUUGCACCUCAGAUUGGCGCCAGCAUCAGUAUUGGGCCUUCAAGCGAGCGCAUCCUUGACCAGCUGGGCUGCUAUGAGACAUUGGAGAAGCUGAGCUCCCCUGUGAAUAUCUAUUCAUUUUAUGACGAGAAUGGAAAUGCUACACACCACGAUACUUGGGGAUCAAUCCUAGAUGAGUCCUUUGGAUAUAGAAUCCGGUUCUUGCAUCGGCAACAACUAAUCCAGACUUUGUUUGAUAACCUCAGCGAUAAAUCAAAGGUCCUGACUUCUCAUGCCGUUGAAAGGAUUGAACAGAGUCCAGAUGGCGUUGUGGUUGAAACAACGUCCGGGGAUGUGUUUACUGGGAGUAUUGUUGUUGGUGCAGAUGGCGUUCAGAGCCGUGUUGCACAGGAGAUGCAGCGAUUUGCUGAGCAAAAAUCCUUGAAACUGAGAUCGCGUCCCUUAAAGAAUGCAUUUGAAUGCUCGUGUCGAUGUAUCUUUGGAAUAUCCAAGCCUUCACAGCCUGUUGUUGAAGACCAAAUGCUCAAUGUCUCCAACAAGAAUCGGAAUUACUUCUGUGCGGGUGGCACUGAUGGGCAGAUGUACUGGUUUGCUUUCGUGAACAAUGAAAAGCCUACGAGAGGCUCUGCUAUUGAGCGCUACACAGAAGCGGACAAAGAAAGUCUCGCGGCAACCUUCAAAGACGACAUUAUCAAGCCAGGGCUAACAUUCGGAGAUCUAUAUGAAAGCCAAAUGAUUUCCACUCUGGUUCCUAUCGAGGAGGGUCUGCUUGACAGAUGUUUUCAUGGGAGAAUUGUUCUGACGGGUGACUCCUGGCAUAAGGUUCAUCCAAUCACUGGGCAAGGAGGUAAUCAAGCUAUUAUCUCAUCUGCAUAUCUUGCAAAUAAACUGAAUGAGCUAAAAAGCGCCGAGUCAAUCCCGGACCAUCAAGCCAUUGAGAAAGUCUUUUUGGAUUAUCAAACUUUCCGGGGAAUCCAGGCCAGGGCAUCGGUCAAAGCAGCCCGAUUCCUUCAGUGGACAGGCACUCUUGCAACGCCAAUCUCGGCUUUCUUGCAACGCAAUGUAGUGAGCAAGACUUCUACAGAGGAAAUUCUGGUCCGCUUUACGCAAAGCACAACAAGUGCGGUUCCUUUGAAAUAUCUUCCUAUGCCAACCCGAAAGGGCAGAAUUCCGUGGAAUGACGACAUUGCUUUGAAGCCACAUGCUCGUUCGAGAACCGCUACUAUGAUCUGGGUUGUUCUAUUGUUCUUCACUAUGGCCAUACACUAUAAGGCUGUGGAUAUUGCAGGGCCAGCAAUUCUGUCAGAAAGAAGACCUGGGGUCCUCUUCAAACUGCUCAAUAUCCUCGAUACGUCUGGUUUUGAUGGCUCGCAAAGAAAGGAGCUUCAAUUCAACAUGUCCGUUGCAACGGUGGCCCUUUGCAUGUACGUUGAAUCUCAUCGAUUCUACAUUCCAAAAGCGCUUAGCAGUGUGCUGCCGUUUGUCAUUGCCGCAUCAUUUCUUGGUUGGCAAUACAUAAUUCCAAUAUAUUUUGCCCUCUAUGUUUGGUUUUCCGGUGACAGACUCUUCUAUUACCCGACACCGAUGGCAAUGGACUAUUCCGUGGGAAAUCCUAUGAUAAUUGCCUAUUUGUUCACCUAUCUCCCAGCUCUUGGCUUCACUAUCAAGAACCCCAAUCACAUUAGCACAAGUUGGCCUGCAGCCCAUAUCAUGUUCCCUAUAUUGAGCUCUUGUUUCCACAAAUUGAUCGUUCGACGCAGUCCUGCGGGCAACCGACGAAACCCAGGAGUUUUUGACAAUAAGUACAUCUGGUCUGUGUAUUCAGUACUCCUGUUAAACAUGGCGCUAUCUGUUGCGGCACCAUUGAUAUCCGGGAAAGACCUCUACCAAAUUUAUGGAAGAGCUCUAAUGGGAUCUACGAUUGAGCGUGAUGAGGCCAGAAUUGCUUCCAUCGAUUGGGCUAUCUUGAUUUUUAUGAUCUUUUCUCUAUGGGAGCUUCACAGAGUGAAUAUUGCCGCUAAAGGGGUUUUCGAGGGUAUGCUUUGGAUUAUCGCCACCCCCUGCUCAAUGGCCCCUUCAUUGGUCUUGAUGAAAAGUUGGCUUGGCAGAGAGAAGAAGUGGAAGCAAGCUCGACAAGCCACACCCACUGAGAGCAAGAAGAGCUCUGACACUGAAGCUGAUCGCCCUUGA